ACUGAUAACCACAUCAGUUACUGCCAGCAUGAUAUUUUUCAGGACUAUGUAUUUAUAACCUGCUUUUAUUGUUUUAGAUAUCCUUCUGAUUGGACUCAAACUUUACUUUAACAGGAGUUUAGAGGCACCGCGGCUCUUGAAGACCGUUAUUUUGUAGUUAACGGUAAAUUAUGUCUGCUGUGUUGAGGAGCCUGACUCGUUGGGUUUCCUGUCUCUGCAGCUGUGCAUCAUGUCUGAGGUGCAGAUGUUGUCCUCACAUCAGGAACUCGAUCGUAACCCGAAUCAUGUACGCCUUCAUCCUCCUGCUCGGCACCAUCAUCGCCUGUGUGAUGCUGUCGCCUGGUAUUGAACAACAACUCAAAAGAAUCCCUGGGUUUUGUACUGGUGGAGCAGGCUCUGGUUUUCCAGGAAUUGAGGCCAAUGUGCAGUGUGAGAUGUUUGUUGGCUAUAAGGCCGUGUAUCGGGUCUGCUGCGGCAUGAGUCUGUUCUUUCUCACCUUCUCUCUGUUCAUGAUCCGUGUGAAGAACAGCCGAGACCCCAGAGCUGCCAUCCAUAAUGGGUUCUGGUGUUUCAAGAUUGCAGUCAUGAUUUCUGUCACUGCUGGUGCCUUUUAUAUUCCAGAUGAGCCUUUUACCAGAAUGUGGUUUAUUGUUGGAUCCGGCGGAGCAUUUUGCUUUAUUCUGAUUCAGCUGGUUUUACUUAUCGACUUCGCCCACUCGUGGAAUGAAUCCUGGGUGGAUAAAAUGGAAAAAGAAAAUGAAAAGAGGUGGUAUAUAGCUUUAGUGUUGGUAACAGGACUGAACUAUAUUCUGGCCUUCUCGGCUGCGCUUCUCUGCUUCAACAUCUACACUCAGUCGGAGGGAUGUGUGCUUAACAAGUUCUUCAUCUGCUUUAACAUGUUAUUAUGCGUUACAGCAUCUGCUCUAUCUGUGCUGCCCACAAUACAGGAACACCAGCCCAGAUCUGGUCUUCUACAGUCGUCCAUCAUGACUUUGUACACCAUGUAUCUUACCUGGUCAGCCAUGACCAAUGAACCAGACCGCACAUGUAACCCGAGUCUGCUCAGCAUCAUCCAACAGAUCACAUCCACCACCGUUGCUCCGCUGGAGAUCGAGAACCAGACAGCCGUCAUCAUCAUAGACUUGGAGGAGACGGUGCCGACAGCCCCGUAUCUGCGCUGGUGGGAUGCACAAAGCAUCGUCGGCCUGGCCAUUUUUGUUCUCUGCAUUUUGUACUCUAGCAUUCGCUCUUCCAAUACCAGUCAAGUGAAUAAACUAACCUUAGCGGCUAAAGACGCCACCGUUCUGGAUGAAAGCGCCGCAAGAAGUGCUGAGACGGCAGAAGAAAACACCACAGCACAUAACGUGGAGGAUAAUGAGAGAGAGACGGUUCAGUACAGCUACGCUUUCUUCCACUUCAUGCUGUUCCUGGCGUCUCUUUACAUCAUGAUGACCCUCACCAACUGGUACAGUCCUGACGCAGACUACAACGCCAUGAGGAGUAAGUGGCCUGCGGUGUGGGUCAAGAUCUCCUCCAGCUGGGUCUGUCUAAGUUUAUACACAUGGAGUCUGAUCGCUCCCAUGAUCCUCCCCAACAGAGACUUCACGUGACCUCAGGACUUUGAGCGCAAGAUUUAUUCAGGCUUCAUUUAUAGACGUUUCCUUUUGUGUUUUAUGUGCAAUCUAGGACAUGUUUGUUUCUGAAUACUCGUCACUUUUUUUCCCAAUGUGUGUAUGAAUUUGGAUUAUCUUGCCUGCUGACUUCAGCGUGUGAUUGGGAUCUUCUCUGUGCCAUCGGUAGAAAUGUUUGUGGAUUUUAUAUUUUAAGGCAUACACUGCAUAAAAAAUGUGAUAAAAUGUCACACGUGGCUAAGUGGUUAGCACUGAAGCCUCACAGCAAGAAGGUCGCUGCAUGGUUCGAGUCCCAGCUGGGUCAGUUGGCAUUUCUGUGUGGAGUUUGCAUGUUCUCCCCAUGUUGGUGUGGGUUUCCUCCGGGUGCUCCGGUUUCCCCCACAGUCCAAACACUUGCGCUAUAGGGGAAUUAAAUAAAACUAAAUUGGCUGUAGUGAAUGAGUGUGUGAAUGACUGUUUCCCAGUACUGGGUUGCAGCUGGAAGGGCAUCCGCUGUGUAAAACAUAUGCUAGAUAAGUUAAGUUGGCGGUUCAUUCCGCUGUGGCGACCUCUGAUGAAUAAAUGGACUAAUCUGAAGGAAAAUGAAUGAAUGCAUGAUCAAGUAAACCUCUAUAUGUAUUAAUACACAAAACGUUUAAAGAAAUGGCUCCAUAUUUCACACAUAUAAUUCAAUUGUAUUGAUAAAUGUGAGCUGGGUUAGCUGAAAAUUAAAAUGAAUU